UCUACUGAUAAAAAUUACAAAACAAGUGUGAAAUUUUCAUUUGCGCAGUUGGGUGGAAGCCUGUCAGGAGUGGAUCGUGCGCUCUCCGGUUCACUCUACACACUUCCCCCCUCCACAGUUGUAUUUUCAAGAUCCUGUGUAAUAACAGUGUCAAAAUCCUCAGUGAUAAUUCCAACAUCGUGGAAAUGUUGCAAAUAUUCUGAAAAUUGUGAGGCUACGGGUCACCAAAUCAUUGCAAAGCUGCAAAACACUCGUUGGACGUAAACGUGGGUGAAAACAAAAGAAUAACUGUCAAAUAAAAGUCAGAGAUUGUUCUCCAACAAUAGAAUGAUGCAACGAUAUCAAGACAAGUGGAAAUAAACUGUUGAAAAAAAUUGACAACAACCGAUAAAUCCUGCCAUCGAUGAUUGAAUAUAUUUUAUCGUCGAAGAUAACCUCUAAAAGAGUUCAUCUUCAGGUGCUAACGACCCCUUUAUUGACAUUGUAAUCGAUAAUAUGAGCUCUAUGGACCGUUAUAAUGGUGAUAUUAUGUGGCGAGUUAAAUUAGAUUCAAAUAAUAGUCCAGCUAUAAUGCAGAGUCUUGAUUCACUUUCAAGUUUAAACAGGGAUAUUUAUCAUUCACCAAACGGACCACCGUCUGGAGUAUCACUUCAUGGAAUUACCUAUCUACACGAUAUCGAUGAUGAAAUGCCAAAUAACAAUAAUAAAAGUUUUCUACUGAUCGAUGGAAAAGAACAUCUCAGGGUAUCCAAUGCUGAGCAAUUUAUUCAACAUCUGGGAUGUGCAAAGGAGGCCAAGGUCAAGGUUGUCUCGAUAUUCGGCAAUACCGGGGAUGGAAAGAGUUACACGAUGAAUAAAACCUUCUUCGAGGGACAGGAGAUAUUCCAAACGUCGAAUGAACAGAACUCUUGUACACUUGGCGUGUGGACUGCCUUUGAUCAUAAAUUAGGAAUCAUUUGUUUGGAUACUGAGGGACUCCUGGGGAUCACUGUACACGAGAAUGAACGCACAAGACUAUUGUUGAAGGUUCUCGCUAUUUCGGAUAUUGUUAUUUAUCGGACUAGAUCGGAGAGGCUGCACAGAGAUCUGUUUACUUUCUUGGGGGCUGCAUCGAGAGCUUAUGGACAUCAUUUUCAUAAUGCUCUGCUGACACUCGCAAGGAGAGAGGGAGUGCCCAAUAGCUCCAGUGCAUUAGGGCCGAGUAUCAUCAUCUUUCAUGAGACGAGACACACGAGACCUCUUACAAAUAACACAUCAGAAAGCGCUGAAGACAUAAUCCGCAACCGUUUCAUCCAGAUGCGUCUCGAAAUAGAGUCUUUCAGUUCGAUAAAAUACGUCGGAAUCCAGACAAACAGCCCGCCAACUGAUUUUUCCCCCCUACGUCACGCUGUCAAGAGUGAACUGGACAAUACAACCGUGAGAUCCGCUCGAAAAGCUCACCUAGUCUACGGUACCCUGAAGCUUCUGAACGACAAAUUCUCAGGUGAAAUUGAGAAUCCCUCCACCAUUCUGUUCCCCGAUCAGUACUUCACCUGUCCGGUCAAGUGUCUCAGCUGUGACUGCAGAUGCAGACAUAGCAUGGGCCACCUGAAGGAAGGAAAGCCUCAUCUCAGCAAUACCAAAUGUCGAUAUCAACAUCAGUAUGAGAAUCUCAUCUACACCUGCAAAAAGUGUCACGUCAACGGUAACGAAGUGAUUGUGACAAGCAGAACUAAGACGACUAAUGAGAACGGAUGGUACGGUCUUGCCAAAUACGCGUGGUCCGGUUACGUGAUAGAGUGUCCAAAAUGUGGGGAAAUUUAUCGAAGCAGGCAAUACUGGUACGGCAAUAAAAAUCCUGAGGAAGCUGCUGUGAGAACUGAAAUAACUCAUGUGUGGAAUAUCACAAGUGUAGCCAAUCUCAAUCAGAAUGCAGCGCAAAAGGUCAUUGACGGUGUAUCCUACAUCACAGAGGCUGUUGCCAAUGCAUCACUCCAACCUACCAAAACAAUUACAGCGUGGGUGGCUGAUCAGGUAGCCCCAAGCUACUGGAGACCCAAUCACGAGAUCAAACACUGCUACAAGUGCAGGACAAUAUUUUCCCUCUCCGAUACCAAGCAUCACUGUCGAGCAUGCGGUGAGGGCUUUUGCAGACAAUGCUCCAGUAAAGUCAAGGCUGUACCUGCCAGGAAUUGGUUCAGUCCGGUAAGGGUUUGCGAUGAGUGUUACGAGAAGGAUGACAAUUCUAAUGACGGUGAGGAGAUGGGCGUCAAUGAGGAUGUUAGUGUGAGAAAGGUCUCGGAGCAUGUUGUUUCCACACUCAGUGCUGUUGGAACUGUUUUAACUUAUUCGAAAUCAUUAAUUAAAGACACCGUCAGGCCAAACUACUGGAUACCAGACUCAGAAUUAACGAACUGUUGUGUAUGUGAAAAACUAUUCUCCGAUUUACUGCCCCUUCAUCAUUGCAGAGACUGUGGACGCGGUGUCUGUCAGGAUUGUUCCCAACAUCGUAAGCCUGUGCCACGCCGAGGAUGGGAUAAUCCAGUUCGUGUUUGCGAUGCGUGUAUUAAAAUUGACUGAAGUGAUUUAAAUUGGCAUCUCCCACAGCCAUUCUUCUUAGAUUUUAGUCAGUUAACAAUACAGAGAUAUAUUUAUAGAACAUAAGCACGGAAUAUUGUCUUAUGUACAGAGGUUCAACAUUUUAAUGAUUAAUUCAAUCGAAAAUUCCCACCACUGACUGAUGAAGGACGAAUUGGGCAUUGAGGGCAGUGCCAUAUCGUCAUUUAUUUUUAUACCCCAGUAGAUUAAAUACUUAUAACAUAAGAGAAUACUGUUGAUAUGAAUGAAGUUAUAAAAUGAGAUGAAGUAAUGUUUCAUUUCAAUGGUUUUGGAGAAAAAAAAACCCUAUCGAUAUUUUUCCUCUCUCUUUAAUUCAGAAAUAUUCAUAAGGAGUUGCAAUAUAUAUUGCAUCACGACUCCGUUGUGGCAUUAAAACUCAGAGAAA